AUGGGCCAGCCCCCAAUAGCCAGAAGCAUCCCCAGUCCAGUGCUGGGAACCCCAGAGGUGAGUGUGAAGAAGGACUUCACAGACCUCAAGCCCUGGAGGGUUGGGAUGUGGGCCUUCAGGGAUCUUCUCAGGGUGGACACUGGGAGAUCUGGACACUUGGCUCUCACCCAGUCCUACUACAUCCCCUUCAUCUCAGCGGCCAGGGCAGCGGGCACCUACUCCUCAUCUCCCUCCUCUCCACCCACCACCGUGCCAGCCCACGAUGGGCACCAGAAGCCGGUGCUGGGCGCUGGCCUGGGUCCUAGUGACCGUGCUGACCGCACAGCAGGCAGGAGCCUCAACCCUUUUGGAGGGGGCAUGAAAAGGGCUGAGACCCAGGACAACAGGGAGCCAAGCUGGGUGAACACAGAAGUUGAGGAUGGUCAGAAGGUGGACAGAGCCCAGUCAAUUCUCCCACCUGCCCAGCGUGUGAACUUCAUCCCACCCAUCACGGUGUCCCCCGACAUAAGCACCUUGAACCCAGCACACAAUGGCCGGGUCUGCAGCACAUGGGGCGACUUCCACUAUAAGACCUUCGAUGGGGACAUCUUCCGAUUCCCCGGCCUCUGCAACUAUGUCCUGGCCUCGCACUGCCGUGCUGCCUAUGAGGACUUCAAUGUCCAGGUGCGCCGUGAGCUCAUGGGCACCAGGCCCACCAUCAGCCGCAUCGUCCUCAAGGUGGAGGGUCUGGUGCUGGAGAUCGCAAACGGCUCAAUGCUCGUCAACGGGCAGCGGGAGGAGCUGCCCUACAGCCGCGCCGGCCUCCUGGUGGAACACAGCAGCAGUUACAUCAAGAUCAGUGUCCGCAUGGUCCUGACUUUCUUCUGGAACGGAGGGGACAGUGCCCUGCUCGAGCUGGAUCCCAAGUACGCCAACCAGACGUGUGGCCUGUGUGGAGAUUUCAAUGGCCUCCCUGUCGCCAACGAGUUCUAUGUCCACAAUGUCAGGCUGACGGCACUCCAGUUUGGGAACCUGCAGAAACUGGAUGGGCCCACUGAGCAGUGCCAGGACCCACUGCCCACCCCAGCCACCAACUGUACCGAUAUUGGGGACACCUGCCGCCGCACCCUGCUGGGCCCUGCCUUUGCCCAGUGCAACGAGCUGGUGGACCCUGAGCCAUACGUGACCUCCUGCGCCCAGGACCUGUGCCGAUGCCCCAGCUGCCCGUGUGCUACCUUUGCUGAGUACUCUCGCCAGUGUGCCCACGCUGGCGGCAGGCCGCAGAACUGGAGGGGCCCCGACCUCUGCCCCCAGACAUGCCCUGCGGGCAUGCAGCAUCAGGAGUGUGGCUCACCCUGCACCGACACCUGCUCCAACCCUGAGCGAGCCCAGCUCUGUGACGACCACUGUGAAGAUGGCUGCUUCUGUCCCCCAGGCACGGUGCUAGAUGACGUCACCCACUCAGGCUGUGUGCCCCUGAAGCAGUGUCCCUGUACUUACCGUGGUCGAACCUAUGCCCCAGGGGCUGCCUUCACCACCACCUGCAGCUCCUGCACCUGCUCCGGGGGACGGUGGCAGUGUGAGGAUCUCCCGUGCCCAGGCACCUGCUCCAUCCAAGGGGGCUCACACAUCUCCACCUAUGAUGAGAAGCUUUAUGACCUGCAUGGAGACUGCAGCUACAUCCUGUCCAAGAGGUGUGAUGAUAGCACGUUCACCGUGCUGGCCGAGCUGCGGAGAUGUGGCCUCACAGACACAGAGAGCUGCCUCAAGUCGGUGACACUCAGCCUGCACGGCGGGGACAUGACCAUCCGGAUCCAGGCCAAUGGAGCGGUUUUCAUGAACUCCAUCUAUACCCAGCUGCCCACAUCAGCAGCCAACAUCACGGCCUUCAAACCCUCGUCCUUCUUUGUGCUGGUGCAGACGGGAUUUGGGCUGCAGUUGCAAGUUCAGCUGGUGCCCCUGAUGCAGGUUUAUAUCCGACUGGACCCGACCCACCGUGGUCAGAUGUGCGGCCUAUGUGGGAACUUCAACCAGAACCAGGCAGAUGACUUCACAGCCCUCAGCGGGGUGGUGGAGGGCACAGGCUCGGCCUUCGCCAACACUUGGAAGACCCAGGCUGCCUGCCCCAACUCCAAGAACAUCUUUGAGGACCCCUGCUCCCUCAGCGUGGAGAACGAGAAGUAUGCCCAGCACUGGUGCUCCAUGCUGACCAACCCCACGGGCGCCUUCGCCCCCUGCCAUUCCAUUGUCAGCCCUGCAUCUUUCCACUCGAACUGCAUGUUCGACACGUGCAACUGCGAGAAGAGCGAGGACUGUCUGUGUGCCGCGUUGUCCGCCUACGUGCGCGCAUGCGCCGCCAAGGGCGUGCUGCUGAACGGAUGGAGGGAGGGCGUGUGCGCCAAGUACAUGAGCAGCUGCCCCAAGUCCCAGAGCUACGAGUAUGUGGUGGACACCUGCCAGCCCACCUGCCGAUCUCUCAGUGAGGUGGACGUCACCUGUGGCAUCUCCUUUGUGCCCGUGGAUGGCUGUACCUGCCCUGUGGGCACCUACCUGGAUGACGCCGGCACAUGUGUGCCUGCCCAAGAAUGCCCCUGCUACCUGCGUGGCACCGUGGUGGCCCCAGGCGAGGUGGUGCAUGAUAACGGCGUGGUAUGUUCAUGCUCGAGUGGGAAGCUGAGUUGCCUGGGAGCCUUGGUGCAAAGCAGCACAGGGUGCACACCCCCUAUGGUGUAUGUGAACUGCAGCAAUGCCUCAGCGGGUGCCCUCGGGGCUGAGUGUCUGCGUAGUUGCCACACGCUCGAUGUGGACUGUUACAGCACACACUGCGUCUCUGGCUGCGUCUGUCCUCCAGGGCUGGUAUCAGAUGGCAAUGGGGGGUGUAUUGCCCAGGAAGAUUGUCCUUGUGUGCACAACGAAGCCACGUACCAGCCUGGGGACACCAUCAGCGUUGACUGCAACACCUGCACGUGCAAGAACCGGAGAUGGGAGUGUACCAGCCAGCCCUGCCUGGGCACCUGUGUGGCCUAUGGGGACGGGCACUUCAUCACCUUUGAUGGUGGACGUUACAACUUCGAAGGCGACUGCAAGUACAUGUUAGCCCAGGACUACUGCGCUGGCAACGCUACCAACAACGGAAACUUCCGGAUUGUCACUGAGAACAUCCCCUGUGGGACCACAGGUGUCACCUGCUCCAAGGCCAUCAAAAUCUUCCUGGAGAGCUAUGAACUGAUCCUCACUGAGGGGCACAUGAAGGUGGUGGAGAGGGGGCCCAGCGGAGACCUACCCUACAAGAUUCGCUACAUGGGCAUCUACCUGGUCAUUGAGGCCCGCAGCGGGCUGAUUGUGUCAUGGGACCGGAAGACCAGCAUAUUCAUCAGGCUGCAUCCGAGCUACCAGGGGAAAGUGUGUGGGCUGUGCGGCAACUUCGAUGGCAAUGCCAUCAACGACUUUACUACGCGGAGCCAGUCCGUGGUGGGCGACGUGCUGGAAUUCGGUAACAGCUGGAAGUUCUCACCAACCUGCCCAGACGCCCUCGCCCCCAGGGACCCCUGUACUGCCAACCCGUACCGCAAGUCUUGGGCCCAGAAGCAAUGCAGCAUUCUCCACAGUGCCACCUUUGCUGCCUGCCAGUCUCAGGUCGACUCCACCAAGUACUACGAAGCCUGCGUGAGCGAUGCCUGCGCCUGCGACUCGGGCGGAGACUGCGAGUGCUUCUGCACAGCCGUGGCCGCCUACGCCCAGGCCUGCCACGACGCCGGCGUGUGCGUGUCCUGGCGCAGCCCGGAAGUCUGCCCUUUGUUCUGUGACUACUACAACCCCCACGGGGAGUGUGAAUGGCACUACCAGCCGUGCGGGGCACCCUGUAUGCGGACCUGCCGCAACCCCAGCGGGCGCUGCCUCCACAACCUACCCGGCCUGGAAGGCUGCUACCCCAAGUGCCCGCCCAGCAAGCCGUUCUUCAGUGAGGACGAGAUGAAGUGUGUAGCCCAGUGUGGCUGCUAUGAUGUGGAUGGAAAUUACCACGAGGUCAAUGCCAAGGUGGCCACUGCCGAGAACUGCCAGAGCUGUACCUGUACCUCCAGCGGCAUCCAAUGCGAACACAGCCUUGAGGCCUGCACGUGCACCUACGAAGGCAAGACAUUUGGCUACAAGGAUGUGGUCUACAACACCACGGACGGGCUGGGCGCCUGCCUAGUUGCCAUCUGUGGGGACAACGGGACCAUACACCGGAAUGUGGUAGACUGUCCAGGAACCUCACCCACAACACCAUUCAUCUUUAGUAGCACGGCAACACCACCAUCCACAGCAGCCCCCCAGCCCCCCAUUUCCACCAUGUGUGUGCGGGAAGUCUGCAUCUGGUCAGACUGGUAUGACAGCAAUCACCCAGAGCCUGGGAUGGAAGGCGGGGACUUCGAGACAUUGCAGGACCUGAGGCAGAGGGGGUACCAGGUGUGUGGCCUGCCAGCAGACAUUGAGUGCAGAGCAGCGUCCUUCCCCAAAGCUAGCCUGGAGGAAUUAGGCCAGCGGGUGGACUGUGAUCGAGCCCACGGGCUGACGUGUCUCAACCGUGAACAGAGCCCCCCUCUCUGCCACAACUACGAACUCAGGAUCCAAUGCUGCGUUCUUGAGCCCUGUGGCCCAUCCACAAGCCUGCACACAAGUCCCUCACCAUUCUCGAGUGUCACUACUCAGCCCACGGCCACCACGGAGACCCCGGUGUCCAUCCCCAAGACGGAGACAACUCCACCCAAGUACUUGCCCACCACGACCCAAAUCAUUUACACGAGAGAGACGACUUUACAGUCCACUCCGAACUCCAAGUCCACCGCAGCCUUGACGUUGCAGACUCAGUUGACCUCAGCCACAAUGACCAUGAGCCAGUCUGUCAGGAGCUCUGAGUCCCCAGGCACCACCGCCUGUCAGCCUAAGUGUCAGUGGACAGGGUGGUUUGAUGAGGACUACCCCAAGUCCGAAGAGGCUGGGGGGGACAUUGAGUCCUAUGACAAAAUCCGCAGAGCGGGAGGGGACAUAUGUGAGCAGCCACAGGACAUAGAGUGCCAGGCGGAGAACUUUCCCAACAGCACACUCCAGCAGGUGGGUCAGACAGUCCACUGUGAUGCCAGUUUCGGCCUGGUCUGCAGGAAUGACGAACAGAAAGGCGCGUUCCGCAUGUGCUACAACUAUAGAAUCCGUUUGCUAUGCUGCAGCCAGAACCACUGUGAGGAACACACAAGCCCCCUAGCCAGCACCACCCAAAGGCCCUUCCCCUCAGCCGGGCCAACUUCUCAGUCCAGCUCUAGCCACACACACUUCAUGUCCACUCCUGGGAGCACGGGUACAGAGGUCCCUACACCUCCCCUGGAGACAUCAACGCACCCGGGCUCCACCUCAGUGCCUCCAACGCACACCACCCUGAACACUUCCCAGAUGCCUACAUCUGUAUCACCAGCAAGAACAAGUCCCACUGUGCCCCCAAUAACGGGAACAUCACCGGGGGCUCCCAGCACCACAUCCAAGGAGACACAGCUGACCAAGACCACAGGCACCAUAAUCCAGGGAACAACGAGCUGUCAGCCCAGGUGCGAGUGGACCGAAUGGUUUGACGUGGACUUCCCAACCUCAGGGGUCUCUGGAGGUGACAUAGAGACAUUUGACAAUAUCAGGGCAGCUGGGGGGAAGAUGUGCCGUGUGCCCGAGAAGAUCGAGUGUCGCGCAGAGAACUACCCUGAGGUCAGCCUGGACCAGAUUGGACAGGUGCUCAGCUGCAGCCUGCAGGAAGGGCUGGUCUGUAGAAACGAGGAUCAGCAAGGCCGAUUCAACAUGUGCUUCAACUACAAUGUGCGUGUGCUCUGCUGUGACGAUUACAGGCACUGUGGAACCACAGCUGGAUCAACAUCCACUCGUACUUCUACCAUCACCAUGACAGGAUCUGUCACGACUACCACGCGGGCCUCAGUACCACCGGUCCACACCUCCACCUCCAACACUCUAACACAAGUCCCCCAAACCAGCACCCCCACCUCCAGCAAACCCACGGCUCACUCUCUCAGGUCAUCCGGGGUCCCCUCAACCUCAGCCACCACACACAUGCCUCACAUCUCAUCCAGCACUGCUGAAGUGGUCACUAUCCAGACGUCGUCUCAGCCCACGCCCAGAUCCCCCACAACCGCAGCCAAGUCAUCCUCAUCCAGUUUGGCCUCCACACCCGUCCUGACCACCACACCCCUGGUCCCCACCCUGGGCUCCAGGCCCACCUCAGGGAGAACCAUCUCCUCUGGAUUCCCGACACGAAGUCCUACCGUCACCACCAUGGUCACAUCGACUGGAACCGUGUGUGAGCCCCGCUGCACCUGGACGGACUGGUUUGAUGAGAGCUACCCCGUGCCUGGGCUCUCUGGAGGGGACUUUGAGACCUAUGACAACAUCCGAGCAGCCGGCAAUGCCUUCUGCCAGGUCCCGGUGGACAUCCAGUGUCGCUCUGAGCUGCAGCCAGACACACCUCUGCGGGAACUGGACCAGGUGGUACACUCCAUAUUGUCUACAACCAACACACAAGGAAAGUCCACCGUGUGUGAGCCCCGCUGCACCUGGACGGACUGGUUUGAUGAGAGCUACCCCAUGCCUGGGCUCUCUGGAGGGGACUUUGAGACCUAUGACAACAUCCGGGCAGCCGGCAAUGCCUUCUGCCAGGUCCCGGUGGACAUCCAAUGUCGCUCUGAGCUGCAGCCAGACACACCUCUGCGGGAACUGGACCAGGUGGUACAGUGUAACGUCAGCUUUGGGCUGAUCUGUAGGAACAGGGAGCAGACUGGCAGGUUCCAAAUCUGCCACAAUUACCAUGUCCGUGUGCUGUGCUGUGAUUACACUCAGUGCCCGAGCACCCCAGCCCCCACUAGGCCAUUUGGCUUAGAGACCAGCUCCAGCCCCACAUCCACACCACCCUUCAGUUCUACAACCCUGCCCUUGUCGUCCAUUAGCCCCUCGGCUGCCAGGACAACCGCCACCUCAGUUCCCACCAGGUGCCAGCCUGCCUGCCGCUGGACAGACUGGCUAGACAGCGACCAACCGCAGCCUGGCCGCUAUGGGGGUGACAUUGAGACCUACUACCACAUUAUGGAUGCGGGCGAGCGGCUGUGUGACAGGCCUGCGGCCAUUGAGUGUGAAGCCAAGCUGUACCCAGGGGUGUCGCUGGGGGCUCUAGGCCAGGUGGUCCUGUGUAGUGUCCAGUUUGGGCUCAUCUGCCGGAACCACAAGCAAACACAAGCCCAGACCUGCCUCAACUACCAUGUGCGUGUAUAUUGUUGUGAUGACUACAGCCAUUGUGGGACCACAAAGGGCCCCAUGUCCACCCGCGCAUCCACUCACACCCCGGAAACUCUCAUGUCUACCUCCAAAAUAUCAACAUCUGUCCACACCCCCACCUCCAGCACAGCAGUCCCCACCCCCACCUCCAACACUCUAACACAAGUCCCCCAAACCAGCACCCCCACCUCCAGCAAACCCACGGCUCAUGCUCUCAGGUCAUCCGGGGUCCCCUCAACUUCGGCCACCACACACACGCCUCACAUCUCACCCAGCACUGCUGAAGUGGUCACUAUCCAGACAUCAUCUCAGCCCACGCCCAGAUCCCCCACAACCGCAGCCAAGUCACCCUCAUCCAGUUUGGCCUCCACACCCGUCCUGACCACCACACCCCUGGUCCCCACCCUGGGCUCCAGGCCCACCUCAGGGAGAACCAUCUCCUCUGAAUUCCCAACACGAAGUCCUACCGUCACCACCAUGGUCACAUCGACUGGAACCGUGUGUGAGCCCCGCUGCACCUGGACGGACUGGUUUGAUGAGAGCUACCCCGUGCCUGGGCUCUCUGGAGGGGACUUUGAGACCUAUGACAACAUCCGGUACUGCCACAAUUACCACAUCCGUUUUCUGUGCUGUGAGGACCGAAGUCACUGUCCCUCCACGCCAGCGACCACGGGGAUGACCCCCACGACUACAGGGGAGACCACCAGGACCAGCAGAAUGAUCACCCUUACUAAGGCCACCAGCAUGGGGACUCCUCUAUCUCCUACAUCUGUGACCACCAGCUCAUUGGUCCCUAGUUCCGGGAUCGCUAGCACGGUGACACUGCCAACCACAAUUUCGGAAUCUCGGAGUUCAGGCUUGUCUUCAUCACUGCCCACCUGGCUGCCCACAGCCAGUCUGGCAACAUCUUCUAGUCCGGUGCACACCCCACUCCUCCCCACCUCCUCUUCCAGCCUGACCACCAGCCGCUGCUAUUGCCAGGCUUUUGGGGAACUCUUCCUGCCAGGGGAAGUCAUCUACAAUAAAACUGACAAGGCCGGCUGCCACUUCUAUGCCAUUUGCAACCAGCAGUGUAACAUCGACCGCUUCCAGGACACCUGCCCCACUACCUUACCACCUGCCUCCUCGGUGGCACCAAGCUCUAUCCCCGUCACUAUGUCCACACCCCCGCCAUCGCCUGCUCCAGGGUGUGACCAUGCCAUCCCUCCCCGACAGGUGAAUGAGACCUGGACGCUGGCGGACUGCACUGUGGCCAGGUGCGAAGGUGAUAAUCGCAUCGUCCUUCUGGAGCCAAAGCCCGUGGCCAAUGUUACCUGCGCGAACCAGUACCAGCCGGUCAAAGUGCAGAACCAGAGCGACCCCUGCGACUAUCAUUACGAAUGCGAAUGCAUCUGCACCAGCUGGGGAGACUCCUAUUCCACCUUCGAUGGCACUGUCUUUACCUUCGCGGACAACUGCACCUAUGUGCUCUUGCGGGAAAUUCACCCACAGCACGGGAACCUGAGUGUCCUCAUGGAUCACCAGUACUGUGCAGCUGAUGCAGUGGACGCCAGCUUCUGUCCCCCUGCCAUCCUGAUCUAUUACCUGUCCAUGGAGGUGGUCCUCACCGUCACCGAUCUUGGCGAAGGGAAGAUGCAGAGCCUGAUCUUGUUCGACGGUAAACACGUCAGCAGCGGCUUCAGUAAGAACGGUGUGAGCGUGUCUGAGACAGCGUCUGGUACCAUGGGGGUGCACAUCCCUGCCAUCGGCGCCUACAUCAUCUUCGACGGGAGCAUAUUCCAGGCUCAACUCUCUUAUAGCCACUUUAGCCACAACACAGAGGGCCAGUGCGGUACCUGCACCAACAGUCAGGUGGAUGAUUGCCGCCGUCCGGACGGCACCAUAGCACCCACCUGUAAGGACAUGGCCAGGCAUUGGCUGGUGCCCGAUGUCAGCAAGGAGGGCUGCAGACCACCCACCAGUCCACCACCCUCCAUGUCCACCCCAUCGACGGUGUCCAGCUCAUCCACCUCACUCACGGCAUCCACUCCAUCCACUGAGCCCACCCCAUGUCUUCCGUCCCCACUCUGCGAGCUGAUCUUGAGCCCGAUCUUCGAGGAGUGCCACAACCUCGUCCCACCCAGCUACUUCUUCAUGGCUUGUGUCAGUGACAGCUGCCAGGGAGACGGCUCCCAGCUGCUCUGUGAGAGUCUGGAGGCCUACGCUGCAGUCUGCCGAAACUGGGGUGCAUGCAGCAACUGGCGUAAUGCCACCAAUGGGCUGUGUGACUUCAGCUGCCCACCCACCAAGGUGUACAAGCCGUGUGGCCCCGUGCAGCCUGAGAGUUGUGACUCUAGGAUCCAAAGCCCCAUUAGCCCUGGGUUGGCAGAGGGCUGCUUCUGUCCUGAUGGUGAGAUCCUCUUCAAUGUGCACACCGGCGUCUGUGUGCCAGAAUGUCCCUGCGUGGGACCGGACGGGUUCCCCAAAUUCCCGGGUGAGCAGUGGGUCAGUAACUGCCAGAGUUGUGUGUGUGAGGACAGGCCAGCGACUGUGCACUGCCGGCCGGUGCAGUGUGAGCUAUUGGAUGAGCCCCAGGAGUGCGGCCGCCCUGGCUUCGUGAAUGUGACCAGGCCCCGAGCUGACAAUCCAUGCUGCCCUGAGACCUUGUGUGUAUGCAAUGCGACCACCUGCCCCCAGGACCCACCCGAGUGUGGGCCCGGCCUGGAGCUGAUCCGCACCCAAGAGGAGGACGCCUGCUGCCCCACCUUUAGCUGCAGGCCUCAGCUCUGCAACUACAACGGGACCGCCUAUGGGAUUGGGGCAAUCUUCCCGGGGGUCGUGCCCUGCCACACCUGCACCUGCAUGUCCAGGGAUACCCAGCCUCCAACUGUGGAGUGUGAGGAGGAUGUCUGUGAUACCACCUGCCCUAAGGGCUUCGAGUACAGGAAGACGGCUGGGCAGUGCUGCGGGGACUGUGUGCAGAUCACCUGCCUCACGCCCGACGAGCAGCCCGUGCAGCCCAACGACACCUGGGUCAACCAUCGCCUGGACAACUGCACCGAAUACCGCUGCGAGGCCACGGAUGGGAACUUCAUGUUGGUCCCGCAGCCGGUGCCCUGCCCCGAUGUGACAGCCUGCAGGGGGGUCCUCAGGAAAAGGGGUUGCUGCUACUACUGUGAGGAAGUGGACAAGUGCCAAGUGCAGGCCAACACCACGGUCCUGAGACACCUGGACUGCGUGACCGACUCAGCUGUCAGCAUCAACUUCUGCGAGGGUUCCUGCCCAGGGUUCUCCAAGUACUCGGCAGAGGCACAGACCAUGGAGCGCCACUGUGCCUGCUGCCAAGAGACCAAGACGCACGAGGAGGAGGUGAUGCUGCUAUGUCCAGAUGGGACACGGAUCCGGCACAGCUACACCCAGGUGGACGAGUGCGGCUGUGGCCCAGCCUGCCUGCCCUCGGCUCCCUCCGACACCUUCUUGACCUGA